CAGGAGCUGAAUCUAACAACAGCAACAACAACAACAGCAUCCAUUGCACCUCAUCACCUCAUCCCAACGCCCCCGCUCCCCUCUCCUCCUCUUCUUCCUCUUCCUCUUCCUCUUCCUCCGUCGGCCCUCAGUGCCCCGCCUCCCACAGCACCCUGACAGAACGACACAAGAUCCUGCACCGGCUGCUCCAGGACAGCAGCCCCAACGACGCCUCCUCCACCACCGAGGACGGGAUGAACAGAAGCGAAGUGGAGAUAAAGAAGGAGCCGCCUGCCAGUCCCGUGGUGACGGCAGCGCUUCACAAGCCCGGAUCCAGAGAGCCGCAGGAUCACCAGCUACUCCGAUUUCUGCUUGAUACAGACGAGAAGGAUUUGGGAGACCUGCCGCCUCCGUCAGCUCUCAGCCUGCAGACGGUUAGAGUGAAGGUGGAGAAGAGAGUGAGCGGGGACGGAGUGGUCUGUGCAGGAGUGACUGUUGCAGCAGGAGGAGGAGGAGGAGGAGGAGGAGGAGGAGGAGGAGCAUGCAUACCUGCAGGAGUGUCCAGCACUUCGGCUUGCAUCAGCCCCAAGUCGAGUCCUGUCGGAGAGAACCGGAGAGACAGCCGCAAGGACAACCGAGACUCAACGAUGUCCGGUGGUCCUAUGGACAUGGAUCCUCUUACCCAGCUGCUGCCUGGCCUGAGAGGCCCGAGCGGGUCCAAACAGGGCAGCGAGGAUUCAACGACCCCUGGAGGAGGCCCCCCCCAGCUCCAGUCUCCGGCCCCCCACUCCUCAACUCAGCUCCAGUCCCCCCAGUCCCUUCCCCAGUUACAGUCCCCGUCCCCCCAGCUUCACUCCCCUUCCCCCCAGCUCAAACUGCAGUCGCCCCCCACUCAGCUCCAGACCGGCGAGGCCAGCACUCCCCGCAAUGUAAAUGUGAAGAGAGAGCCGCCCGGCACUCCUAACAGAGGGCUCAGUGAUGGCGGCCCUCCUUCCGGUUGCAGCCUCCAGAGUCAGACGUCUUUUGACUUCUGCAGUCCUCCCACUCCAAGCCAAACGCAGGCGCAGGGACAGGGAGAGGCAGAAGUUAUCAACCCAUUCAGUUCAAGCACUGGCCUCACUAAGCUGGACGUGUCAGACUCCCAGUUCCAGCCUCUCGCUCUCUCUGACACUUUGUCUCUCGAUGGUCUUGGAAACUCUUUACAAGCUCCGUUGGCAUCACCACAAGAGCAGUGUGUGCCGUGUACGCUGGAUGAAGUGCUCGGCCCUCCGACGACACCCGAAGGCCGAAAUGAUGAGAAAGCUCUGUUAGAGCAGCUGGUGUCGUUCCUCAGCGGGACCGAUGAGAGCGAGCUGGCCGAGCUGGACAAAGCUCUGGGUAUCGAUAAACUGGUUCAGGGUGGCUGUUUCGACCCUUUGCCCCAGACCUUCCCGACCCAGCAACCCACUGCCUCCUCAGCAGCCAUGGAGCCCAAACCGCCCUCCUACCCUUCUCAAUUCACGCCAGCUCCACCAGCUCCGUUUCCUCCAGAGCUGGCGGCCGCGGUGGGUCCGCAGGGUCUGGGGUUCGGAGCCCCGAGAGCGGCUUUCCCCGGGGGGACGGCGGCGGGUUUAGGCGGACUGAGGCCCGGCGUGACGAGGCCGCAGGCGAUCGGGACUCAGCUCAGGCUGCAGCCAAACCAACUGCGCCUGCAGCUGCAGCAGAGACUGCAGGGACAACAGCAGCUCCAGAACAGGCUGGCGGUGGUGAAUCCGUUCCCAGCAGGAGCUCAGCAUGUGAACAUUGGGAUUCGUCAGGUCCAGCAGCCUCAGAUGCCGUCACAACAGCCUCCUCUGAACGCUCAGAUGCUGGCGCAGCGUCAGAGGGAACUCUACAGCAUCCAGCACCGCCAGCGCCAACUGUUCCAGCAGAAGGUCAUGCUGAUGAGACAGAACAUCGCCGGCACGCCGACCGGAGCUGUGGGGCCCGUCGGCACUGCCAGGGUCCCAAAAGGCCCCCCCGCUGCCCCCCAGCAGCAGCAGCAACAGUUCAACUUCCCGGCAGGGUACAACCCGAUGACGGGAAACCCUCCUACCUCACCAAGUCACUUCAGUCCCAUUUCCGGGGGUCCGCUGGACAAAACGCUGGCGGGCAGAGUUCCCCUGAAUAACCCAACGCUGAUUGGAGGCGUGCAGGGCCAGUUCAGCAGCACCGUCAACUCCUCGUUACAGCAGAACCUGUUUCAGCAGUUUGGAGGGUCUGCUCUGGUACAGCAGGAUCCACCUUUCCCUCCUGAGAUGAGCCCCACCAGCCCUUUGUUGUCGCCUCAGAACUCCACCUCCCAGAGUCCUUUGCUCCAGCAGGCCCCGCCUCCCGGCUACCAGUCACCUGACAUGAAGAGCUGGCAGCAGACGGGCCUGAGCAGCAGCAGCCUGUUCAGUCCAUCGGGGCAGAGCGCACGGCAGCCGUUUGGCCAGCAGGGGGUUUACAACAACAUGAGCAUCACCGUCUCCAUGGCCGGAGGCUCGGGAGGAGUUGGCUCGUUACCUCCCAUGGGGCAGCCCGUCGUCGGCAUGAGCAACAGUAACCUCAGCAACGUCGGUUCGGUGUGUAGCGACCAGCAGGUGCAGCAGGUUCAGGUGUUUGCGGACGUCCAGUGCACAGUGAACCUUGUUGGCAGUGACUCCUACCUGAACCAGAGCUCCAUCGGAGCCGCCGGCGCCUCCCAGAAGGGCCCCGGACCGCCGGGCUCCCAGAACAACCAGGCCCAGCAGAAGAGCCUCCUCCAGCAGCUGCUCACCGAGUGACACACACCCUUCCCCUUCCUCCUCCUCUUCCUCUUCCUCCUCAAAACAACACCCCCAAACUUCAAGCUCUCCUUACUCCCUCUACUUCUCACUUCUUCGCCUCCUCCUCAGAGGUCGGUGCACCAGACCCAUUGCUGUCUCUGUCUCACCUUUCGGACGGAUGGAUGGAUGGAUGGAUGGAUGGACGGCUGCAGAGAGGCUCAGAGCGGUUUGGCUGGUCUGUCGGCGGAGUUACACACAGCCGAACCACUUCUGUGCAAAAGGGGAAUUGUUGGGGGCGGGGUUGUGUUGGUGGCGGUGGAUUCGGGGCUAGGUUUUUUCGUGAAACCGCCCAGUACUUUAAGAAAAGACUCAAGUCAGAAGGAGCAGCAGUGUAUUUAAACCUGCCUGUCUAAUCUGUCUGACAACCUGUCUGUCUGCCUCAGCCUAUUAAAGGCAGUGUUGUCUUGCUGCUCAUUCCUUGGUGACCUACUUCCUGCUUCCUGACCCAAGAAAACAACAACAAAACUGCGACAUCAUUUGUAGAUUUGCCAAGUUGUCGUCACUGUCAAAUCAGGGCCGGCCUACCUUUUUUUUUUUUUUUGGGUGUUUUUUUUUUUACUUUUUCAACUUUUUUUUUUCAGUCGCAGCAGCAACCGCAACAACAGCAUCUUGGGAGCAUGAGUUUCAGCGUACAGUUGGAGCUCAGCGUUUUUGUUUUGUUUUUUUUUAAGUGUGGGAGUAUCCUACACAGCAGCACCUCUGGCUUUUAAUUUAGGUUAUAUUUUUAUUUUUUGGUUUUCCUCUACCUGUCUCUCAGCGAUGUGGGAAUGUUAAAGGUUUCAGACCUCUGUGGCAUUGUGGGAUAGAAGCUCAGUAUCAGCUGGUUCUGUGACUGUCUCUCUCUAUCAGCUACAGUGCCUGGUGGAAGUUUGAGUUUUUCCCGAGCUCUGCUUCUUCUUCCACAUAUUAUUAUUCUAUUUACAGUCUUCUGUUUUUUAUUUUUUAUUUUUUAAAACAACAAGAAAUUUUUUUUCCCGGUUGAAUUGUGUUUUUUUUUUUUUUUUUUUGUUCUAAGAAAAAAAGAAAAAAAAAUAUUCUGCUCUCAUCAUCAUCAUCAUCAUCAACAUUAUCAUCAUCAUCAUCAUCAUCUUCAUCAUGAUCAUCAGAACAAGCUUUUGACAACAGCCAGAAUGGAUGGAUGGAUGGAUGGGAGACAGACGGGAUGCUGCUCAGUUUGGAACUUACGUGUCUUUCUCCCACCGGGAGGAGGUUUUUAUUUUUAUUUUUAUUUUUAUUUUUCAAAGUAUAAAAAAAAAAAAAAUAGACUGUUAUGAUUAUUUAACUGUCUGUCCGUCACAUUUUACCCCUCACCUCAGCAGCUGUGAAUACAGAGCCCGAUCGGGUUCUUUCUCUCUCUUUCUCUCUCUCUUUCUUUCUUAUGUAUCUUUCAUUCUCUCUCUCUCUCUCUCUCUCUCUCUCUCUCUCUGUCUCUCUCUCUCUCUGUCUCUCUCUCUCUCUCUCUCUCUCUCUCUCUCUCUCUCUCUCUCUCGGCCUAUCAGUGUUGUUUGCCAUGUGCACCAUGCAGGCGGGUAGUAUUGUACAGUACAGAAGGACAAAGACUUGGUGAUGAGCUCACUCUUUUUCUCUUGUAACUGCUUUCCUUUUUUUUUUUUUUUUUUUUUUUUAAAGAGAAACGAAAAGAAGAAGAGAAAAAAAAGACUAAAAAAGAAGAAGUGUAAUUAAUUGAUUAUUCAGAAAAGCAAAACUAUGUAUAAUGUGAUUCGAUCCAGGUUUUGUUUUUUUUUUUGGAGAGAAAAAAACAAUUAUUCUAAUAAUGUCGACUCAUUGUUUUUUGAGAUUUAUCCUUUUUCUUUUUUUUUUGGCAUCAUGAUAUUGUAAUAAUACCGCUAAAUGUUGCAGUGGAGGAGGAAAGUUAUUCCAUCUUCUAAAAUGUGAAAAGAGAUUCUAAGCGAUUUGAUUUUCUUUAAAAAAAAACAUAUAUAUAUAUAUAUAUAUAGCUAGGUCUCGCUCCCUUCGGCGUCCCAUUCUUGCGCUAAAACGUUAGCCACACUUUUUCUGGGGGAUUAAAAAAAAAAAAAAAGGGGUUUUGAUUGCUUUUGCUUUCUCUUGUGGUAACCAGGGAGAUAGUUAGCCAUCUCUUUCUUGCUUUUCUCCUGUUUUUUAUUCUUAUGUAUGUACAAUACUUUAAAGAAAAAAAACUUUUCAGACAGUACAUGUGUUUGUAACCAUUGUAUAAAAAAAAGAAGAAGAAGAGAAGCAUAAUAAUACCCUUAAAACGCGUUUAAAUGAUGCGCUUUUUGGUUAUUAUUCCUUAUAUAAAGACAUUUAAAGUAGAGGCUUUAGUAAUAGAAGUUCCUAACAAAAAGAUGUGAUGGAUAAUUAGUUUAAAGCUGUCAUGAAAUCUGAGUCAAAACAGGAUGGGAUGGGUUGAGUCGCAAAAAACAUGAAAACAAGUUUAUAUUUUUUAUUUUUUUUCCUCACCUUUUUAAAAAAUCCUGUUCUUAUCGAUGUUGUUCCCCUUAUUUUAUUUUAUUUUAUUUUUUUAUUUUAUUUUAAAGGGAGAAGGGGGGGGGAGUGGUGGUUCAACCCCUCUUCUCUCUCUCUUUCCACCUCUGGUUCCCUGAUGAAGACUUCACUCCACUGGCUACACACACACACACAAAUACACACACACACACACACACACACACACACACACACACACACACACACACAGUUUUCUGUUGACUACUGUUGCUCAGUCAGACACUGUCUCUCUCAGCGAUAACACACCUCUGUUAACAACAAACUACAACUACAAAAAAGAAAUAAGAAAAGAAAGAAAGAACUCACACUUUAACCAGGAUCAGAGAAAAAAGGAAGAAACCCUGCCGAGACGUUGCCUGCAACAACAAAUCUUUAAUAGAGUAAAUAACAGUAAAGACUCAGAUAUGAUCUUUAUAUAUCAGGCAUGUUUUAAUACAUAUGUGUCUGAAAGUGGCUGAACUCAUACCUGUUGUGUAUCAGUCUUCUGCUCUUUUUUUUUUUUUUUUUUUUUUUUAAACACAGGAUUAUUUCUACCAGGGAACAUUUAGUGAUUUUUUAAAUAAGAGAUUUUACAUUUUAACCCCCCCUGCACCCCCGCACCCCCCCCCCCCCCCUUCUUCCUGUUUUAUCUGCCAAGUCUGUACUCCAGCACAAAAUCCAGCGCUCCCUGAUGGAAGUACUCCUCGUGUGAAUCCUCUUCCUUCUUCUACUUCUUCUUCUUCUUCUUCUUCUUCUUCUUCUUCUUCUUCUUCUUUUUCUCUUUUUUUUGUUGUUUUUUAAAAAAAAUCUUCUGUCAUGAAAGAUUUGGAGAAAGUUGUGGAAUCUGUGGAGAAGGUUUUGCAUAUACAAGCGCAGACCUCACAUUUAGAUAUUAUUAAAGAGUAAUGAUAAUAAUAAUAAUAAUAAUGAUAAUAAGGAUGAUGAUAGGAGUGUUUUAAUGACUUCCAGAUUCAGAACUCAACUUUUAUUUUCAACGUACAUAUUUGAUGCUAAUUUCCGUGAAAUGGGGCUUUUUCCUGUGUACAGUUUAUUUUUUACAGAGAUACUUCACCGUAUGCAACGUUACCCAGAAUCCAGAGGGAUAGUAUGCAAAGGUGGACAUUCCUCCAGUGUUGUUUGCAUGCGUGCACAUUCACGCACCGGUUCCCCAAACGGUGGCACGGCAACAGUCACACGUUUUUAAAUGCAGGAAAAGAAAGAAAAAAAACUGCCUCCUGUUUUUUCUCUGCAGCUCAAAAAAAACACAAAGGUGGAAAAUUUCUGCAGAUAUUUAUUAGAGAAGUUUUUAAUUUGGGGUUUUUAACCUUUGUGUCAUCCUCCCGGGUCAUCCUUCUCUCUUUCUUUCCUCCCUUCCUUCCUCCCUCCUUUCCUUCCUUUCUUCCCUCUUUCCUCCCUCCCUCCUUUCCUUCCAACUUCCUCCCUUCCUUCCUUCCCUCCUCCCUCCUUUCCUUCCAUCUUCCUCCCUCCCUUCCUUCCCUCCUCCCUCCUUUCCUUCCUUCUUCCUCCCUUCCAUCCUUCCUUCCUUCUUCCUCCCUUCCUUCCUCCCUCCUUUCCUUCCUUCCUUCCCUCUUUCCUCCCUCCCUCCCUCCCUCCUUUCCUUCCUUCUUCCUCCCUUCCUUCCUUCUUUCCUUCCUUCUUCCUCCCUUCCUUUCUCCUUUCCUUCCUUCUUUCUCCUUUCCUUCCUCCUUUCCUUCCUUCUUUCUCCCUUCCUUCCUCCUUUCCUUCCUUCUUUCUUCCAUCCUCCCUUCCUUCCUUGACUCGAGGACAACAGGAGGGUUAAAAACACUGUAAGCUGUUUUAAACACUUCUUCUUAAAUUAGGAGAUAAACCAAAAGAGAAAAAGAUUGGUUUUUUUAAAGGAUUUAAAGGUGAUUGUCCCAUUUUUCUUCUUUUUGACCUCGACUCUCGCUCUGUUCUCUCUACCUCUACAACUUUCCCCGCUAGUAAACUUGGAGAAAGAUUUUUUUUUUUUAAAGAUGGCUGUAAUACCCUCUAUUCAACACUAGGGGGCGUUACGGGAAUAUUAAACUGGAGUCAAUCUAAGUUAAAAACGAGUUAUCUCUGCGACGCCUCAAUCACACGGUCUUCAGUCCACCGACAGCAUCAUGAGUGUAGAGCUGCAACUAAGAUUUAUUUUUUUAUUACAGAUUAAUCUCUUCGUUAUUCUCUCGAUUAAUCAAAAAAAAACUUCAGCCUCAUAAUGUCUUCUUUUGUCUGCAUCUCACAAAUAUUCAGUUUACAGUCACACAGAAGAUAAAAUAUUCACAUUUAAGAAGUUUUUUAAGCAACGAGUCGAUUAUCAAAAUAGUUGGCGAUUAAUUUACCUGUUGAUGGAGUGAUGAUUGUAACUCUACGUUAUAUUCAACCUGAGUCUUUUUAACCUUUUUCUGCUGUUUUUUUUUUAAGGGAGACAAAGAGAAGCUACUUAUGGACGAUAACUGAGACAAAGCUGUUUGAUUUUCUCCACAACUGUGAGGCUUUUAAACCCCUGCACUUCAAUACUCCUCCAUUAUAUGCACUUAACAGGCAGUAAAGUAAGAAAGAAAGAAAAGCGUUAUUUUACAGUUGCUCCUUUUUUUGUAUAGAAAACGUUCACAGUGUCAAACAAACAGAGGUGUGACAGUCCUGUGCCACCGUUUGGUCGAUUUAAAACGACACAGAAGCUGCACAAAGUGGAAGAAUGUAUUGAUUUGGAAGGUUUCUGCUCAUCUGCUCCGAUGAUUUCGCACACGUACAGUAUUGAAACCCCUCCUCUUUUUAAAGCGAUGGUUCGGCGUAAUUUCGACCUAGCGUCAUAAGCACCAUGCGGUCUAUCUAACCACCCGCUCCGCUUUUUUUUUUUCUUCAUUUUGUCGCAAAUUGGUGGAGUUAGAGCCAUCAGCUGAAUGGCUUAGUAGAGGACCCACCAGAGUAUCUCGUAAAUUACUCCACUAAUAAUGCCUGGGUUGUUAUCAAACUUCUACAGUAGUACAAAUAGGGUCUUUACCAUAGACUGAAUCAUCUUGAAAAUUCCCAGUGCAUGCUGGG